CCUCGUCACCCUUGGCUGCAAGUAAACAACAACGGCGUGCAUUUCGCGAACACCGCCCAGCCCCAUUUGUGCGGAUAUCGUCAGCCCAGCUUCCAUUCCCAAAGAUCCGUGGAUUGCCGUCGAUUACACGUCUCGUCGCAAUUCGAUUCUCACCGCGUACCAAUACCGGCGAGAUGGCGCCUCGACCGUCAUUGGCGCGUCGCACCCUCGCGCCGCAAGGCGAACAUAUCUACGAGCUCGGCGUGGUAGGGAGGAAAACGGGUGUAACAGUCCCCGACUCGGGCAUACGCGACGAGCAUGGCAUGGAACCCAUCGAGAACCUCUUCUCCUCCCCAGCCAAGUCCGACCACGAGGAAGACCAGGCCGAAGCUUCGGACGAUUACGGAAGCGGCGAGGAGGACAUGGACCUCACUACAGGAUCUGGGCUCGGGCCGGAAACGUUUAUUAACGGUCAUGGGAGUAGGUUACCCGUACCGUCGCGCGUUCGCUCGCCAGCAAAGAAACUGCUCAAUUCUCCUGCUCAACGAAACCGACUUAUCGCGCGCAACUCAUCGUCCCCAGCCCGCGGUGCCAUCGUUAGAGAUGACAGUUCCAGGUCCAGCAGUCAGCCUACAGGCGAUCAAGCCGCAGCCAAACGCCGACUGAACUUCCAGAGUGUCGCAAACGGAGGUCCACACUCACUAUCGCAGCCCGUGGCUAAUGGCCGCCGCUUGCAGCCCCUACCGUAUGAUGACGAUGAGGAAGAAGCUAGCGAACAUGGAAGGGACGAUGACGAGGUUAAUGACUUUGUCGAGGAAUCCAUGGCCAUUCUAGUAGACGGCGACAACGACUACGACCUUCCAGCGCCAGAGGCGGAGCCGGCGCAAAGCGAAGGCGAGGAGGAACAGAUUUCAAUGCUGGAAGACGAUGACCCACCGGGCCCCGCCGCUCGGAAGAAACCCGGCCGGCCACCAAAGCAGAAGGAGGCCGCAGCAAGCAAGCCGAUGAAAGCGCAAAGGAAGCCCAAGCCCGUCGUCGAGGAGCAGGAGGAGGACGACCAUCAAGACGAUGAGCACGGAGAAGCAGAGAGCCAAGAGGAGGAAGAGCCGACGGCUAGGCCAUCAAAGCAUGCUCCUGGAAGACGCGGACGGCCACUAAAGGCCGCCAACACCGCAUCCGCAGCACCACAACCUUCCGCUCGCGCUUCUAAAAAACGGCGUUUGCUAGACGGGGAAGAGGUUGCAGCAGCCCAAGAGCGCUCACCCGAACCCCAACCCAAGCGCCAGCGUACCUCGCCCGCGACCACCUCCACCACCAGCAGGAAACCGGCGCCGCCUAAGAAGCCCGCCACUUCAUCGACCUCGAACAAAGAGACGCCCGAACCACCAGCCACCACGAAACCCGCUGCCGACAAAGGCAAAGGCCGAAAGCGCAGAUCCUCCGUCGCCGACCCGGGCGACGUCUCCCAGGUGGCCAUCGCUCGCCGGCCGCCCCUCCCCAAAUCCCGAGGCCUGCUCAUCAACCGGCGCACCGAGGUCCCCGGUGACCCAUCCUCGUCCAUGCUCCGCACCCGGUCGGGGCGCACCUCGUUCAAGCCGCUCGCCUACUGGCGCAACGAGCGUGUCGAGUUCGAGAAGGACGAGGCAGAGGACGCGUUUGCGGGCGGACGGACUCACAAGCCGAAGAAGUUUGUUCUGCCUAGUGUCAAGGAGGUGGUAAGGGUUGACGAGCCCGAGCCGGAGGUCAGGCCCAAGUCUUCGCGCAGGGGUGGCGCUAAGCAAGGGGGGCUUGGGAAGCGUGGUAAGAGGAGGAGGAGUUCCCAAGUAUAUGAUGAGGACGAGGAUGAUGGCCCUGCUGAGGUGUGGGAGCUUGACCCGGGAACUGUCACGGGCGAGGUGGUCGUCUGGCAGCCCGAGUACGAGUUCAGCCCGCCGGCGCCCAACGACCUCGUCAGCGUCAUGGACAAGCAGCUGGCCAUCAGCGGGGCGGCCAUCAAGACGACCGAGGUGGUGGGCGGCGAGUUCCGGUACGCCAAGGUGUUUAGCGAAGGGUUCAUUGGCGCGGGCGUGGUUGAUUUACCGCCGGGGGCCAUCAAGCGGCUCAAGAACUCGCGCAAGGUUUUCAUGAUUUUUUUUGUCCACGUUGGCCGGGUGCUGGUAACCGUUCAGGAGACGAGUUUCCGCAUCAGCAAGGGUGGGAUCUUUAUCGUGCCCAGGUACAACGAGUACACAAUAGAGAAUGACUACGACCAUGCCGCCCGCAUCUUUUUUGCUCAAGGGCAAGAGAUGCCGGCGAGCCUGCCACCGGAGCAAGACGCCGGGGGAAACGAUGGGGACGGAGACGGCGACGUGGAUGAGGAGGUGGAGGUUAGCGAAGGGGAAGAAGGGGGCAGUGGGGAGGAGUAGAAUGGCUGCUUAACUGUAUCAUGUGAGGGCUGUGCAAAGUUCACAACGUACCAUGGGAGUUUGCAUGGAGGAGCGUUUGUGCUUUUGGUGUCAGGGUACGGCAACAAGUUCAGGCCGGUGAAUCGAAGCGGAUAGGAGCCGGCGACACCAGUAGUCAGUCAGUCGAGG